UGUGGUCUAGUGAGGUAAAGGAAAGAGGUGGGGAAGGAACCCGCAGCAUUACAGGUAGAUGACUUAUCCACUUGUCACCGGGAAACGAAAUAAUAUAGGGCAAACCUGUGACUAAAAACACCCCGAAUUUGUCACAUGGUGAUUUAAAAAGAGCGGGUUUCGGGCUCAGACAGAAGCUUUGAUUUGAAGCGAAGCACCGUCGUCGACGUCGUUACAGGUUUCACCGCAAACAUGGAGCACUUGUCUCGAAGCGUCUGUGACUAAGACAGCCACCAACCGGCGACUAAAGCGUUUUAACAAGAACUCAAUAAUAUAAGAAGGUCAGCCAGGUCAUGGUGAUGGACCAGGACACUCAAUGGCUAUACCAACUCCUAGCUGAAGUCCAGCUGGAGAAGUUUUACCUGCGCCUCAGAGAUGGCCUCAAUAUCACUCGCAUUGAGCACUUCAGCUACGUCAAAGAGGCCGAUCUGGAGCAGAUAGGAAUCAGCAAACCUGGACAAAGAAGACUAUGGGAAGCUCUGAAACGCUACAAGACAAGCGCACGCGGGCGGUCAUGGGUGCCAAAGGUGUUCAGCGGCCGAGGUUCAGAUGGCGGAGAGCAGUUAACUGGAGGUGGCCAAGCACAGGGCCAGGAAGUCGGAGUCCGGGCUCUUCCUUGUCUGAUCCAAGACAGUGAGCUGAUUCUGGCGGAGAGGCUGGGCUCUGGGUCAUUUGGGGUGGUGAAGAGGGGAGAGUGGCACACGCCCACUGGAAGAGUGUUGCCUGUGGCAGUUAAAUCGCUGAGGAGCAGUAUGUCGAGGCAGGCGGACACACUGAAAGACUUUCUUCAAGAAGUAACCGUCAUGCAGUCUUUAGACCACCCCAACAUCAUACGACUCUAUGGUGUGGUGCUCACACAGCCCCUCAAGAUGGUAACAGAGCUGGCCGCCUUGGGCUCGCUUUACGACACCCUGCGUGCACGUCAGUAUGAGUACUCUCUGGUCCGCCUUUGGCUCUUUGCUACGCAGAUUGUGUCAGGCAUGGAGUACCUGGAGAGCAGGAGAUUCAUCCACAGGGAUCUGGCUGCAAGAAAUGUACUGCUUGCAUCCAAGGAUAUGGUGAAGAUCGGGGACUUUGGUCUGAUGCGAGGCCUGAACCAGGAGAAAGAUCACUACAUCAUGUCGGCACACAGGCGGAUACCGUUUGCAUGGUGUGCUCCAGAGAGUCUUCGCGUCGGCUCUUUCUCCCUUUCCUCGGACGUGUGGAUGUUUGGUGUCACUCUCUGGGAGAUGUUUACCUAUUGUGAAGAGCCCUGGUUUGGUCUGUCGGGCCGGCAGAUAUUAUGGCGGGUAGAGCGGGAGGGCGAGCGCCUGGAGAAGCCACAAGAUUGCCCUCAGGAGAUAUACGCUGUAAUGCGAAAGUGCUGGGCAUGCAAUCCUACAGACAGACCCAGCUUUGCCCAGCUCACCGCGAUGGUAGCAGAGGCUAAACCCAGAGAGGUGCAAGCAAUAAGAGAAUUUGCCGAACCCAGAAAGCUCGCCCUUUUGCCCAACGACCUCGUGACUGUCAUCGACCACAGUCUGGAGCUGAGUGAGUGGAGGGGGCAGAACCAGAGGACGAUGGCCAUCGGCUGGUUUCCCGCAAGCCUCACUGUCCCAUCACUCCCCUCAGGUGCCGCAGUGUCCUCCAGCAGCUCCGGGCCUAACCCUGGUGGCUACAUCUCAACCCCAGUAAAGGGCAGUUUGCACCACACCGGGCACGGAGACGUCAACCCUGAUCACUCCUGGGGAACGCCUGUGACCCUGGACGAGGCUGGCGGUGGCUGGAGGUCAGGCCCCGGCAGGGAGAAGGAGGGAUCCAAUCUGCAGAAAAUGGCAGCUAUGACUAGAAGCCUGGAGUCAGUCUUAGGUGGACAUCGGCCCCGAGCUCAAACAGUAGGGAUGUUCAGAGUGGAUCAGCACGGCAAACUCCUUCCUCCUGUGAUGCCGGCUCAUAGUGCGGUGAUGCAACAGGAUCCGCGCCGGUUGAGCGAGGCUAGUAUUGUUCCCCCUCCUCGACCGCCACCUCCCAACCUGAAAGUGCUUAGAAAAAUCCAGAGGAGACCUACAAUUAACCAAGCCCAGGGCAAUGCAUUGCCCCAGCAAAUGGUUCCCUCUGCUCUGAUACAGACACAACCUCAGCCUCAGCAGGUUGUCGGGGGUUCCAACCUCACCAAAAUGGCCCAGCUGGCACGCUCUACCCCACAGCUGGAUGAGUACUCAGACAGCAGAGAGAGAGAUCGGGAGCGAAUAAGAGAACGGGAGAAAGUGCCUCAGAACACAAGAGAGGGUCUCAUCGCACAGGUUAUGGAGGCGGUACAUGGCGUGACCACAGAUGAGGUUCACAACGCACUUCAACGAAAUGAGUGGAACCCAGUGCGAGCUGAACAGCAACUAAAGAUGGAGCAGCUGUACUCGCUGAGCCUCUGCUCCAGAGAGGACUGCGUCAAGAUCCUCGCCAAAUACCAGUGGAACCUGCAGAUGGCCAGCCGCUAUCUAAUCCGACUGACUGCCAGCGACAGGGCCGGCCCACCUGAGAGGGAUCGGUCUCUGAUCAGCCCGGAAAGAAGAGUCUAAAGAGAUUUGAGGUGGCCACUGUGGCUGACUUUUUCCACACCAUCCUGGUGUAACAGUGACACACUCCAACGCUUGGAGCCCCUUGACUACAGGAGCGCUCCCGUGCACAUGGAAGUAGAAAAAUGAAGGUGGACAAAGACAAAACUGACUAAUAUUUUUGAAACAACUUAGAAGAAAGAUGUGACAAGAUGACAUGAUGUGGUUUUAUAUAGCACGUCUUUUGCACAUAGGUUUUCUAUUUUAAUACAUUUGUACAUAUUGUAGGAGAAACUUUGUUAAAUAAAACUGAUCUCUGGUGUGUAAAA